AUGGAAUUAUAUAUAUCAGAAGUAAAGCUAUUAUGCCUCUUUUGGUUUCCUCUUUCUUAUAUAGCCUUCCUCGCAAGCUUGCCUUCUUCUUCAACUCAGCUACAAGAACCAACUUACAUCUACCAUGUUUGUCCUAAUACGACAACUUACCCUGAAAAUAGCGCGUACUCUUCCAAUCUUAAAACCCUUUUGUCCUCUCUUUCUUCCAACAAUCCCUCUUUCUCCAGCGGAUUCUAUAGCACCGCUGCAGGUCGGAGUCCUGAUGUGGUAUUCGGGCUUUUCCUAUGCCGGGGAGAUGUCUUGCCGGAAAUCUGUCCUGACUGCAUCGUCUUCGCUGUCAAUGACACUCUGUCUCGAUGUCCAGAGGAGAAAAAGAGCUUGAUAUGGUAUGACGAGUGCAUGCUUCGCGAGAAUUUUUUCUUGGAAUCUUCACUUCAGAAUGGAACAAACGGAAUUAUCUUGAUUAACACUCAGAAUGUUACAUCUAAUCAACAAGAAAUCUUCAGAGAUUUGGUGUUGUCCACUAUGAACCAAGCCGCCAACAAAGCUGCAAACAGUACCAGAAAAUUCGAUGCGAGAAAGGCUGAUUUUACCGGAUUCGAGGAUUUGUAUGUAUUGGUUCAGUGCAUUCCUGACCUGACGAGAGAAGACUGCUUAAGUUGUCUGCAACGAACCAUCAAUAGAUUACCCACUGAUAAAGUUGGGGCAAGACUUGUUGUGCCGAGCUGUAGUUCAAGAUACGAGCUUUACCCGUUUUACAACGAAUCCGCCGUUGGAACACCUCAGCUGGAUCCAGCUUUUCCACCACCACCAGCACCUGGUCUGACAAUUCUCUUUUCCUUGAUUACAUGUUUCAGCACAACUUUUCUUUUGAGACAUCCAAUGAUAUGUGGUGAUCUGAUACAAACUAUUUAUGUCAAUACAUGAGAAGGCGGAAACUCCUCUGUCAUAGUUAUAGCUGUUGUUGUUCCAAUCACAAUCAUUUUUAUUCUUUUCGUAGCUGUUUUAUUUAGUAUCCGAGCUAAGAGAAAGGAGAUGAUUCAUGAGACAGAACCACUAGCUGGAGAUAGGGAUGAUAUUACAACAGCAGGCUCACUUCAGUUUUAUUUUAAGGCGAUUGAGGCAGCAACAGAUAAGUUUUCGCAAAGUAACAAGCUAGGUCAAGGUGGAUUUGGCGAAGUUUACAAGGGUACAUUUCCUAGUGGAGUACAAGUUGCGGUAAAGAGGCUAUCUAAGACAUCAGGACAAGGUGAAAGAGAGUGAAACGAAGUUGUUGUUGUUGCAAAGCUCCAACAUAGAAAUUUGGUAAAACUGCUUGGUUAUUGUUUGGAAGGAGAAGAAAAGAUACUUGUAUAUGAGUUUGUGCCCAACAAAAGCCUUGAUUACUUCCUCUUUGACUCUAUGAUGCAGAGCCAGCUUGACUGGACAAGACGAUACAAGAUCAUUGGAGGAAUUGCUAGAGGAAUUCUAUAUCUUCAUCAAGAUUCAAGACUCACAAUCAUACAUCGAGACCUCAAAGCGGGUAAUAUCCUCUUGGACGGUGAUAUGAACCCCAAAAUUGCAGAUUUUGGAAUGGCAAGAAUUUUCGAUAUGGACCAAAUAGAAGCCAAUACGAGAAGAGUAGUUGGAACCUAUGGUUACAUGUCUCCUGAGCCAUGUAAUUUCCAAAUCCGUCAAGUUACCUUGAAAAUCUCUGGUAUAGUUAUCACUCCUCAGAAUCUCCAUACCAAGCGAUCCGUAAAACGAACGGUUUGAGUAGCGUACAAGACAAACUGUUCUAUCUAUUCUCCAGUCUAUAGUUUCUGUCUGAUUAGUACAAUUCUGCAACAAUCUACCAUUCGAAGAGAUGAUACAAUCAGAACAAGAUUGUGCAUCAGUACCUGGGACACACAUCCCUAGACCGUAUGCUCUGUUUGGAUCUUCCCCGGUAGAUGUCGUGUAGAAGCCGUCAUUAGCUGUGACAUUAGAAGGAAGAGAAGAAAGCAGGUCUCGGCGGUUUAAGUCGUAAGUACUAUUGGCUGUGAAAAAACCAGAUCUUUCAAGGCAUAUAUGUGCAGAGACAUGACAAAAGCUGAUGAACACAAACCAAAAGAUUACUGACAACUUGGAACUGUCAACAUUCUCGUGCAGUGGUUGUGUAUUCUGACACUAAUAUAGGCUUAUUAGGCGAUUCUAACCUAGUUCCGUCUCCGACGGUGUUGCCUCACGCAGCCGCCGAGAAAUUUCUGCUUCCU